GGCUGGUUGUUGUUGUUGGGGCCCUGUUGAGACCGCGGACAGACAGAGCACAAGUAGACCGGUUUUAAGCUAAGCUAAUUCAAUCAAAUUUGCGCUUUUUUUGUUUUGAUAGUUUUCAUUUGUCCCGUUUGCGGCACAUGCUCGGAUCAGAUUGAAAAAUACCAAAGCUAUCUGUUCCUAUAACAGCCAGCAGGCUAACACUUAAACCCGGUAUUUACUUUGUAAGCCGCUUCUGUGCUAGCGAGCUAAAUUGGCGCCAGUCGGGUGUUUGACAACAGCGCGGUUCAGUCACGUUUCCCGGUGUUGUUGUUUGUAGCCGCUAAAGUGAACUGAGCUAGUUUCCGUUUAGGCGCAAACUGCAGAAAAGACAAAAGCGCACCACGAUAGAUUAAAAAUAAAAAGCAUGGCUGAAUUCCUGGAAGAUCCGUCGGUCCUCACGAAGGAUAAGCUGAAGAAUGAGCUCACGGCCAACAAUGUGGCACUUCCCAACGGAGAGCAUAAGAAAGAGGUGUACGUUCAGCUGUAUCUGAAGAACCUAACGGUGCUCAACGAGAAGAGCCCGCCUGUAGACACCUUCUCCAGCGAUGAAGAGUUGCCCACUCCCGUGGUAUCCAACAAAAGUCGAUCUGGAAGAAAAGCUACAAAAAAGACAGACAAGCCUCGCUCAGAGGAAGCCGAGGUGACAGAUCUCACAGAUGAAGAUUUAAAACAACAGCUGGACAAACAUGGUGUGGAAACGGGACCCAUUGUUGCCACCACCCGUAACCUGUAUGAGAAGAAGCUGCAGAAGGUUUUGGAGCAGCCUCCAGCCGAGCCUGAAGCUCCUGCAGAGGUCACAGAGGUCACAGCUCUCCCCAAGGUGGACAGUAACCAGAACGGAAACACAAACUCUGACCACUACAGUGACAAGGAAGAUGAGGAGAUUGCUGAGGAGCCCGUUCCCGUGGUGGAGAAGGCUGUGAGGAGCCGAGGGAAAACUCCAGUUACGUCCAGAACCAGCAGCAGACGACUCGCUAAGGUGGUGGUGGAGGAGGACAUUCUUACUGAGGAAACCCCGAAGAAGGCCAGCGAGAGUGUGGUGGAAGAUAUCCUCGCCAAUGAAAUAAGCACACCAACAGCCUUGAGUGCGACCUGCAGGCGUCCGAUCCGAGGGGCAGCUGGGCGGCCAUUGCAGCCCAGUGACUACUGGCUGGAUGAGUCCCGUGUGAAGCGCAGCGUCCACUCUGAGCCCCGCUCUUUCUCCGAGUCUUUCUCCAGAGGGGGCAGCUCCGUCUCUUCGAGCAAAGCUCCAGCCCAAGCAGGCUUCCUCUCCAUCUUGUUCAAGCUCCUGCUCCUUGUGGCGGUGGCUGCUUCUCUCUUCUAUGUCUACCAGAACCUGGAUGCAGAUAACAUCAACGCCCUCAAAGGUCUCCUGGAGAGCGUCGUCGUCCCCCUUCAGGGCGCUGUGAAGAACGCAGCCCGCUACCUGGGCCUCGGCAGCAGCGUCGCCGGCAAGUAAAGACGCAGUCUCUCAUCUCCCCCCCCCCCCCCCACCACCACCACCAUCUCCCUGCCGCCUGCCACACACACAGCACACGCAGUAAACUUGGCUCACCUUCUCUUUACCCAAGUGUUUUUGGACAGAGGUUACAGAUUGAAUUGUAGCCAUGAACUUUCUCCUCUCUGGACCGCAGCUUCCCUCACACCACAAGAGGAUCACAGUAGCUUCUGGAUAACACUGUUUUGUGGCAGUCAGAAGAGACUCAUUUAAUGUUGUUUUUAAUCUGUGAAUUGUUUGUGUCUUUGUGCGUAUUUAACCCUUGUAUGUAGAAGAACAGGUGCAGGAUGGAGAGGCCAGUUUAUCCAUGCAUGGUUGUAGUCUAUGAAGGUCAUACUGUAGUUUCUAACUCUCUGUGCCAGGCUUUUUUCUGACUGUGAAGUGCCUGGACACUCUUAGCACGUCCCAGUUUAAGCACAAAGCAGUGCUACUACUUAACCAGAAUGUUUUUGUGUUUCCAGAGGAAUUUUACAGUUAGGUAGAGUGAUUUAUUAUUUCAAUGGUGCUCAGGUCAAUUCAGCUCAACGUUUUAUUUUUUAUUUUGUAUGUGGUCCUUGCUGGGAGGAGACUCGGAGUAAUCAGGUUCCAUCACUGCAUGAGGAAAAUCUGCCCAAGUCCAGGUUAAGAUAUACAAAGAAAAGUGAUCAGUGGCUGAACACAGCUUUUAUCAUUGUAAAUGGGGCUCUUUUUAAUUACGAAAAAAAGUACUUUCUGAUCACUCCGUAUUGUUAUCAUGAUUAUUUACUUUCAUCACAACAUUCAAAUCAAGUUCUUAACGAAACAGCGUUUGAUUAUUGAUCAUGUAAUACUUAUUUGACAUUUCUCUUCCUGAGGGAAACUGAAGUUGCUGUGUAUGAUUUGUGAAUUUCCAGCCCUGCCAGUGUGCUGAUUUGAGUUUACAUGCUUUUGGUUUUAGUGCUUUGCUGUGCUUUCUUUGUCAGAUUUCUGAUCCUUCAGUCCUUUACGCAGGACUGGCUGUUGCCAUGCACCACAUAGCCCACCUCACUCUGCAUGUGUCAAAUUAUGGUAGAUCUGCAGAGAAGACGCAUGGAGAAAGUUACUCCUUUUGGGACAGUAAAUCAAUUCAAGCUCUUCAGGCCUCUUUGACCACUUCUACCAGAGCCGAAUACCCACGAUGAAGAGACUGUAUGUCACCUGCAGGGGGGGGGGGGGGUCAACGGAGGUGAUGAUGGGCGUGGAAAGAUUUCCGGGGCAUCUUUGUUUCUAUUUUGAUAUUUUUCUAAAAUGGCGUGUUGAAUUUUUUUAUAGCAUAUUUUAAGGUAACAUUUGAAAGCAAUAGGAAAAACAUGAAAGUGAUACUGAAUUUUAAUUUUGCUGACUUAACGAGUGAUUAAUUAUCAGGCAGAUCCCACAAUGGACAGAAACAACUAGGGUUAUGUGGUUAAGGAUUUUUAAUCAUGUAUUUAUGAUAUUAUAAGCAGUGUAUCAUAAAAUAAACGUGGCUGUUACCAGA